AUGCCCGAUCCUAAUUCUGCCAUGGGUCUGAUCCAAGGAUAUCCCACCUAUACUUGCCCGACUGUGCCUAUCAUCCAACAACAGCCAGAAUCUAUCAUACCUACUAUCGAAGUACAAGCUCCCCCAACUACGAUCAUCAAAGAGCGAUAUCUCCCUCCCCCUCCUCCGGUAUAUCGCCAUUCGUCACCCAGAGUACAGACGACCGUCUCGACCCCUUCUACAAUCAUGAAGAAAGUCACCAACUCUGCGCCAAUCAUCAACCCUCCGCCAAUGAGACACAUCCACAUCAAACGAACUAAGAAACUCAAGUUCCCUCAAUCGAAUAUCGUUAAUGUGACACCUUCUCCUCAGCCUGCUUUGAAGCCUGCCAUGAAGACCAUUACCACGAUCAAUAGGACUACUAGAAGAACUACCACUAAGGGAAACGGGCGUCAUUAG